AUGGCAGACCAGCCCAGUCUAUCCCUGCAAGUUCCAGAUGCAUCUGCCUACGCUCAAUAUUCAAGCACAUCUCUACCAUCGAUGCAGCUGUGCUCCAUUGCCAAUCCUUAUUACCCCAGCAACAACUACUACACCCAGUACUCUGACGCCUGGUACUCCUCAGCCAUGUACGAUGCUAAGAAACUUUCCUGUGACACCAUCUUUCACGAAGACAUAGAUGAAUGUGACAUCACGGUUACCAAGAAGUCCAGGCUGGGCUCUCUGUCUGGGAAGCUGAAAGGUGAUGAGCUGUGUGUUGUGUGCGGUGACAAGGCUUCAGGAUAUCAUUACAAUGCACUCACCUGUGAGGGCUGCAAAGGAUUCUUCCGUCGCAGCAUCACUAAGAACGCGGUGUACAAGUGUAAGAACGGAGGGAACUGUGAGAUGGAUAUGUACAUGAGGCGGAGGUGUCAGGAGUGUCGCCUGAGGAAAUGUAAGGAAGUCGGAAUGCUGGCUGAAUGUGUCAGCACGGGUCUAUUAACUGAAAUUCAGUGCAAAUCAAAACGACUGAGGAAAGCCCCAACACUGCCUUCAGUGGAGCCCAGCCAAGAGACUGCUGAUGGAGUCGAUUCCAAACUAGUGACCUCCACAACAAGACACAACAAACACAAAAUAGAGUUCACCCAGAAGCAACAAGAUCUACUGAGGCAUAUCCUCGAUGCUUUUUCCAAGUAUCGAAUCCCUCAGGAAGUCACCAAGAAGCUACUACAACAGAGAAGCAGCACUGAGGAGAACUUCCUCCUGCUCACUGAAACAGCCACCAGCCAUGUACAGGUGCUUGUUGAAUUCACAAAGAAGUUGCCCGGGUUCCAGAUGUUGGACCAUGAGGAUCAGAUAGCCCUGCUGAAAGGCUCUGCUGUUGAGGCCAUGUUCCUUCGGUCUGCUCAGAUAUUCAGCAGGAAGAUUCCUUCUCAGCAGAGUGAGUUGCUGGAGGAUCGAAUCCGUCACAGUGGUAUAGCCGAGGAGUACAUCACUCCCAUGUUUAACUUCUAUCGAAGUAUCGGGGAGUUGAAGAUGACACAAGAGGAAUUUAGUCUAUUAACAGCCAUCAUCAUUCUGUCACCAGAUCGUUCUUUCGUGAAGAAUCGGGAAGCCAUCGACAGACUUCAGGAGCCAUUGUUAGAGAUCCUGCAGAAAUACUGCAAGCUGAACCACCCGCAGGACCCCCAGCAUUUUGCCCGGUUGCUGGGGAGACUCACCGAGCUCAGGACAUUUAACCACCAUCACUCGGAUAUGCUGAUGUCCUGGAAGAUCAAUGAUCAGAAGUUCACGCCUCUUCUCUGUGAGAUCUGGGACGUGCAGUGA